AUGUCGUCGCGUUCGCGCACUUUCUCGCCUCGACCCAGUCCCGAUCCCGAGGCAGAGGCAUGUCCGUUCCUCAUCCGCGUGUUUGUCACCAAGAACAAGCAAACACCCAUGAUCGACUUUGAUGACGGCAAGCUUCCUGUCCAGGACGAGUUCCAGGUGUACGGAUGGAAGCACUCGACCCCGACAUCGAUCAUCCAGCAGCUGUACUCGGUCUUCCCUGCGCCCUACCGCUCGCCAUUGGCACGAUACGCCUUCAAGCACGUCUACGUCGACGCCAGCGAGCGCGGCCUGUAUCGCGGCAAGGACCUCGUGACGUUUACCGGCCGCGACUUUGCCGCCACAGUGUCGCCGCAGGACCAGAACGGGAACGGCGACGGCGACGUCGCGAUGGACCGUGAACUGGACGAAGCCGCAGCACCGCGUCGUGGUCGUGUUGUGGAGGAGAAGACACUCGACUCGUACGGCUUCCUCACGGGCGACCUCCUCAGCGUCGCGAUCCACAUUCCCGAACCCCGCGCUCCGGCGGCAACCUCGAUCCGCGGCGCCUCGGCGCGCGAGAGGGAAGGCCGUGACCGUGACCGUGACCGCGACCGCGAUGGCUUCCGUGACGCACGCAACGGCGCACCGAGCAGCCGCGAUGGCCCAUGGGCGCGCGGCGCACCUCUUCCUCCACAGGCCUUUGGCGGCGACCGCGACCGCGACGACCACCGCGCACCGGCUGGCAGCUGGCGCGGCGGCGCUCCCCGCGGCGCUGUGGGGUCACGAGGAAAUGGCGGCGGCCGCCUUCCGUCGCCUGACUGGGGUAGGAGGAACCGAAGCCAGAGUCCCGACCGCAACCGUCGAGAGACCUGGGCGAGCAGGAGGGAGAGGGACUGA